UUUUGAUUAACCACAGUAUUUGAAUUUGAACUUCUCUAACUUCUAACAAGAAGCAUUUAGUUUUUUAUUUUUUAGAGGAUGAAGCUCAAGAUUUCAUUUUUACCAGUCUUCUUGUUUUCCCUCAUAGCCUUAGAUUCAGCUUCAACACAAGAAAUAUGCUUCAAUGGAUUCUUUAAACCCAAUUCUACUUACGACUUAAACCGUCGUCAAGUCCUCUCUUCUCUUGCUUCUAAUGUAACAUCUCACAAGGGCUUCUUCAACUCCUCGAUCGGUGAAAACCCCAACAGAGUAUUCAUCAUUGGCAUGUGCAUCCCUGGAACAAAACCAGAGACUUGUUCAGAUUGCAUCAAAGCUGCAUCAGACACCCUGUUGAAAAGCUGUCCUAACCAGACAGAAGCUUAUACAUGGCCAGAUUCUUGCAUGGUACGUUAUUCCAACGUUCCCUUCUCUGGAUCAUACGAUAUUGGACCUUCUCAUGUGCUGUACAAAUCCGGAGUUCUCAACUCUAAUGUAACAGUAUUCGAUAGAAUUGGAGAAGACUUAAUGGAACGUACCAUAACUGAAGCUCCCACGAGGGCUCAUGAACAUAAGUAUUAUACAGCUGGUCUUGCUUCCUUGACAACUUCCCUAACUAUGUACGCGAUGAUGCAAUGUACACCUGAACUUUCUACAGGGUACUGUGGGUUAUGUCUUCGGACCAAUCUUGAUAAUUAUAAGUUAUGUUGUCGCGAUAAACAAGGUGGUUCUAUUACAAGACCGAGUUGCUUUAUCCGAUGGGAUGUGCAUCCUUUUGCUGGAGCUUUUGAGAAUCUUACAUUGCCGCCUCCUCAACCUCAGACUUUACCUCAGCCACCUCUUUCUUUGCCUCCUCCAGUAAGCAAUCCGGCUAGUAAAACAGACAAAGAUGGAGAAGCACUUUCCAUAGGAAUUAUUGUGGCGAUUCUUGUCCCUAUCGUCGUUAUAUUGGUACUACUUGUGGUAGGAUUCAUGGUGUGGAGGAGAAGUAAAGCAUACCAAACAGUUACAAUUCAAGCUGGUGAUGAGAUCAUACCACUAAACUCACUCCAAUUCAAAUUUAAGACAAUCGAAGCUGCAACUGAUAAGUUUUCGGACAGUAACAUGAUUGGGCAAGGUGGAUUUGGUGAAGUUUACAGGGGAAAGCUUUCAAGUGGAACUGAAGUAGCGGUCAAGAGGCUGUCAAAAACAUCUAGACAAGGCGGAAACGAGUUCAAAAACGAGGCUGUUCUUUGCACAAAGCUUCAGCAUAGGAAUCUAGUUCGACUUCUUGGAUUUUGUGUGGAGCGAGAAGAAAAAAUACUUGUCUACGAGUUUGUACCCAACAAAAGCCUCGACUACAUUCUCUUUGUUAGGAAAUGUGUAGACCCUACAAAGCAAGGUGAACUGGACUGGAAAAUGCGGUACAACAUUAUUACAGGGAUUACUCGAGGGCUUCAAUAUCUUCAUUAUGAUGCAUAUCCUACAAUCAUACACCGUGAUCUCAAAGCGAGUAACAUUCUCUUAGAUGCUGAUAUGAACAAAGUUGCAGAUUUUGGCACCGCGAGGAGUUUUGGAGUUGAUCAAACUCAAGCCAACACAAAAAGAAUCGUUGGAACAUAUGGUUAUAUGUCCCUAGAGUAUGCAAUGCGUGGCCAUUUCUCUAUGAAAUCCGAUGUAUAUAGCUUUGGAGUAUUGGUUCUGGAGAUUAUAAGUGGCAAAAUGAAUAGCAGCUUCUACCAAAUUGCUAUCAGAAUCAUCAAUAUGGUAGAAGCUGCUAUUCAUUUGGUCAUACAUGUGAGCUUGGAGGCUUUGGAGGAACCAGUCACCAUUAAAACUAGUGGAUCCGGCAAUGGGAGAGAGUUAUCAAAAUGAUGAAGCUUUUAGAUGCAUCCAUAUUUGAUAUGAUCAUGGACCAGCCAAACAAAGAAGAUAAUGAGAGCAUGGAUGAUCCAGCUGAUGGAGGAGCUCUAGUCAUAUCUGAAGGUCCUAUGACUCGAGCCAGAAGCAAGCAACUCAAAGAAGCCAUUGGAAGAUUACUUAAGACAUCACUGAAGCAAGAAGAGAGUCUUGGAAGAAGCUUGAUCAACCAAGACACACUUGCCACAAUUCAAGCCAUCUCAGCUCCAAGAUAGACAUCAAAUGAGCAAGUAACAUAUGUGUGCUCUUUUUCCCUAUCUUUGGUUUUGUCCCACUGGGUUUUCCAAAGAUAGGUUUUUAAUGAGGCCAUAUGUUGCUUUCCUAUCACUCAUUUGAUGAUCUCAGUUCGAGACUUUAUUUUAAUUAUUUAUCUUUGUUAACAUGAAGCAGAAUUAGGCUGCUAGACUUGAGAAUUAGGCUGCUAGAC